GUACCUUUUUAGUGUUUCUGAGGAGCCGAAUGAUCGGCUAACAGUUCAUUCGUGUUGUUAUUUUGCUCGUUAUCUAGCGUAUCUAACGAAGUAAUUUAGGGUGGCUAGCUUGCUAGCGGUCUAAAUUGGUGUUAUACUGUGGUUCAUUUAAAUUUUCAAUGUGUUUCUCGUAGAUUUAAAAAGUGGUAUAGUUACACAUUUUUAUUUGACUAGUCGUGAUAUCAAAGGAGCUGUCACUCCUAUUUAGCUCUCGUGCAGGAUGACUUCUCGGCGACCGGACAAUUUUGAUGGUUUAGGUUACAGAGGUAUUGAGGAUCCUGCUUACAGUGGAGGCUACAGUGGAAGGUCAUUUAAUAAUUCCUCUAGUGUGGACCUGCAGAAUUGGGUAACAACACCGCCAGAUAUUCCAGGUAGCCGAAAUUUACAUUUUGGUGAACGCACGCCCCAAUUUGAGGCGCCCCCUGGGGCACCUGGUGCUGAAGAUACUCUGCCCACGGCUCCUCCAUCCGAGCAGUUGAACAGAUUUGCUGGAUUUGGUAUCGGGCUUGCAAGUCUCUUUACUGAAAAUGUCCUAGCUCACCCUUGCAUUGUGUUUCGUCGUCAGUGCCAGGUCAAUUAUCACGCCAGCUGCUAUCAUCUGUCCCCAUUGACUGCUGUCCGUGUGAUGUAUAAUGUCACCAAGAGUCAGGGUCCUAAGGCGUUAUGGAAAGGAAUGGGCAGCACCUUUGUGGUACAGGGAGUCACAUUGGGAACAGAAGGCAUCAUAAGUGAAUGCACUCCACUAACACGAGAACUCUCCCACAAAUGGAACCCCAAGCAAGUUAUUGGGCAUUUGGUUCUGAAAGGUUUGACCUGUGUGGUUGCCAUGCCAUUUUACUCAGCAAGCCUUAUUGAAACUGUGCAGAGUGAGAUCAUCCGGGACAACCCUGGCAUCCUGGACUGUGUGAAGGAGGGUGUGGGCCGGGUCAUGGGAAUGGGCGUCCCCAACAGCAAGCGCCUGCUGCCCCUGUGGGGGCUCAUGCUCCCCACCGUGCUCCACGGGGUCCUCCACUAUGUGGUGAGCUCCACCGUGCAGAGGCUGGUUCUCUUCCUCCUGCGCCGGAAGAGUCCGGCCAAGCAGCCCGUGGACGGCUCGGAGACGGUCCAGACCAUGCUGGAUGCUUACUUCCCAGAACUCAUGGCUAGUUUUGUGGCCAGUCUGUGUGCCGAUGUCCUCCUCUAUCCGCUGGAGACGGUGAUGCACAGGCUCCACAUCCAGGGCACGCGCACCAUCAUCGACAACACAGACCUGGGCUUUGAGGUCCUGCCCAUCAACACGCAGUAUGAAGGCAUCCGGGACUGUGUAAAUGUGAUCCGGCGAGAGGAGGGAGCCCUGGGAUUCUACAAAGGCUUCGGCUUCAUCAUGGUGCAGUACUCUCUACACGCCGCCGUGCUGCAGAUCACCAAGGUGAUCUAUUCCACCUUGCUGCAAAACGCUUAAAGAAAAACAAUGCAAAAUAUUACUAAAUGUUAGUUUGACUUGGUGGUUGCCCCUUUGAAACCCUGUUUUUCAUGCCAGUCUGGGUUGUGCUCAUUCUGGAAAAUGUUGUCAUUUUCGAAAAACUAAAAUACCAAAAGAUGGCUUGAUUAUUUUUUCUGUACAGAAGCACAUUUCGAGUGUUUUGCCGAGAAUGGUGUCCCUAAUUUUCAGCACUUCCACUGUGUCACAAAGCACUGAAUAAUAAUAUGUACUAUGACGCAUGGAAUCAAUAAAUAUCCCCAAUGGUCAUAGAAGGAAAUACACUUAACUUGCAUCUGUCAAACUAACUCAUCCUGGCAUCAUUUAUGUGAAUUAUCAGUCAGUAGUCUUCUCUGCAAAUCACACGUUUUUUCUAGUGUAUCUCAUCUGAAAAGAUCUCAUUUCUACAUGGUAUGAAUGUGACAAUUUGUUGCUUUUGUGUUUGUGUUAGCACUAGCAGAGGAUGGGCUGUGCCAAUUUAUCCAGAAAUGUAUGUACAGAAAGUCUUUCAAUUAUUAUUUGCUUUACGAGUGAUAAUAUAUGUGUGUAGGUAGCGGUGUGUGGGUAAAAUCACUGGAGAAGCCAGAACAAAAUCCAUAUUACAACCUAUGUGUUGCUAUGUAACCUGUUAGUUCAUAUGCCUUGCGACAGUGAUAUAUAGGCCUAAAGGCCGAGACAAGAAGAAGACCGAGUGGCAGAAUAAAUUCAACCACACCUUUUUUUUCAUCACAACCGGAGAGCACCAUUCACAGUUGAGCUUGCUCAGUUUAGCUCAACGCUGAUUGGCUAUUAUUUUAUACUUUUCUUUUAUCAAGGGAGGCCAAAUGCUUGUUGGCUUCCCUUGCAUUCAAUGUUAAGGGCGGCAACAAUGUCAUACUCUUUUGGACUAGACAGCAUCAGAUAGAUGGCCUACACAUACAGAGACAGAGGGGUGCUGUUUCGUUCGCUCGGUUUGCAUUGAGAUACUUUUGUAUAGUGGAUGUGGACACACCUUCAAAUUAGUGAAUUCGGCUAUUUCAGCCACACCCAUUACUGACAGGUAUAUACAAUCGAGCACACUGCCAUGCAAUCUCCAUAGACAAACAUUGACAGUAGAAUGGCCUUACUGAAGAGCUCAGUGACUUCCAACGUGGCACCGUCAUAGGAUGCCACCUUUCCAACAAGUCAGUUAGUCAAAUAUCUGCCCUGCUAGAGCUGCUCUGGUCAACUGUAAGUGUUGUUAUUGUGAAGUGGAAACGUCUAGGGGCAACAACGGCUCAGCAGCAAAGUGGUAGCCCACACAAGCUCACAGAACGGGACCGCCGAGUGCUGAAGCACAUAGCACGUAGAAAUUGUCUGUCCUCGGUUGCAUCUCUCACUACCAAGUUCAAAACUGCCUCUGGAAGCACAAGAACUGUUUGUGGGGAGCUUCAUGAAAUGGGUUUCCAUGGCCGAGCAGCCGCACAAAAGCGUAAGUUCACCAUGUGCAAUACCAAGCGUCGGCUGGAGUGGUGUAAAGCUCGCCGCCAUUGGACUUUUGAGCAGUGGAAAUGCAUUCUCUGGAGUGAUAAUCACACUUCACCAUCUGGCAGUCCGACGGACAAAUCUGGGUUUGGCAAAUGCCAGCAGAACACUACCUGCCCCAAUGCAUAUUGCCAACUAAAGUUUGGUGGGGGAGGAAUAAUGGUCUGGGGCUGUUUUUCAUGGUUUGGGCUAGGCCCCUUGGUUCCAGUGAAUGGAAAUCUUAAUGUUACAGCAUACACUGACAUUCUAGAUGAUUCUGUGCCUCCAACUUUGUGGCAACAUUUUGAGGAAGGCCCUUUCCUGUUUCAGCAUGACAAUACCCCCGUGCACAAAGCGAGGUCCAUACAGAAAUGGUUUGUCGAGAUCGGUGUGGAAGAACUUGACUGGCCUGCACAGAGCCCUGACCUCAACCCCAUCGAACACCUUUGGGAUGAAUUGUAACGCUGACUGCGAGCCAUGCCUAAUCGUCCAACAUCAGUGCCCGACCUCACUAAUGGUUUUGUGGCUGAAUGGAAGCAAGUCCCUGCAGCAGAGUCCCCGCAGCAAUGUCCAACAUCUAUGUGGAAAGCCUUCCCAGAAGUGGAGGCUGUUAUAGCAGCAAAGGGGGGACCAACUCCAUAUUAAUGCCUAUGAUUUUGGAAUGAGAUGUUCAACAAGCAUGUGUCCACAUACUUUUGGUCAUGUGUGCAUUCAACCUCUUGCGAAUUAAAAAGAGCAUUAUGAAACACAGACCAAAGAAAAAAGACACCAAAGAAAAAAAUCUAUUUUUUUGGGAAGCCUGGCUUACUUUGGCAUCCAUCAAUACACGCCACUGAUAGGUAUGUAGUAUCAAGUUGUUCACAUGUUGGUAUCCACAGAGUACAUUACAUUACAAAUGAACAGUACAUUUAUGAACAAUUCAAAGGUAUGUAGUGCGAGAGUAGGAACAUUAACAGAUUUAUGAGAAUGGGUGAUUGAGUUUAGGGUUUAUAAAAUAUUGUACUGCCUCUUGUAAAUGUUUUAGGACCUUACGGAGCUCAGAGUAGGGAAAUGUAUAAGAUAAUUUGUUAAUCGCUUGAGAACCUUGCUGAAGAUAAAUGUCGGACAUAUUCUUUGCUUUUGUGUAUUUGAACAAUGAGUUCUCCAAUGCAAAGGAUGGCGGCAGCGAGAAGUAGCCGGUUUCCAACUGAACCCCAAAUUCAGUGGGAAACCAAUCACCAUUCAGAUAAUUUACAGUGUCUUCAGAAAGUAUUCAUACCCCUUGACUUAUUCCACAUUGUAUGUGUUACAGCCUUAAUUCAACAUUUACUAAAUAUAUUUUGUUUCACCCAUCCACACCUAAUACCCCAUAAUGACAAAGUGAAAACAUAUUUUUAGAAAUACAGAAAUAUCUCAUUUACAUAAGUAUUCACAGCCCUGGGUCAAUCAAUACAUGUUAGAAUCACCUUUUGGCGGUGAUUACAGAUGUGAGUCUUCCUGGGCAAGUCUCUAAGAGCUUUGCACACCUGUAUUGCACAAUAUUUUAAGCUCUGUCAAGUUGGUUGUUGAUCAUUGCUGCUGUAGACAACCAUUUUCAAGUUUUGCCAUAGAUUUUCAAGCCGAAUUAAGUCCAAUCUAAAUAGGCCACUUGGGUAUAUUUGGCCUUGUGUUUUAGGUUAUUGUCCUGCUGAAAGAUUAAUUUGUCUGUUGGAAAGCAGACUGAACUAGGUUUUCCUCUAGGAUUUUGCCUGUGCUUAGCUCUAUUCCAUUUCUUUUUAGCCUAAAAUACUCCAUAGUCUUUGCCGAUGACAAGCAUACUCAUAACAUGAUGCAACCACCACCUUUGAAAAUAUGAAGAGUUGAUACUCAGUGAUGUGUUGUGUUGGAUUUGUCCCAAACAUAACUUUUUGUAUUCAGGACAUAAAGAUAAUUUCUUUGCCACA